UCCCCCCGCGGAGCGAGUGCGGGUCACCGGGUCACUGGGUCAUUGUCUCGGCGCCCGAACCCCGAGCACCCCGUGGAAUCCCCCACGUCAUCAGCAGAACCAUCAAUGAGAUGCAAACAUGAAAGACAAGAGGAAGAAGAAGGACCGCACCUGGGCCGAGGCUGCCCGCCUGGCACUAGAAAAGCAUCCCAACUCACCAAUGACAGCAAAGCAGAUAUUGGAAGUAAUUCAGAAAGAAGGUUUAAAAGAAACAAGUGGGACUUCUCCAUUAGCUUGUCUGAAUGCAAUGCUUCAUACUAACACUCGAAUAGGGGAUGGAACAUUCUUCAAAAUCCCUGGAAAGUCAGGCCUCUAUGCUCUCAAAAAAGAGGAGUCGUCAUGCCCAGGUGAUGGUGCUUUGGAUUUAGGUUGUGAGUCUGAACUGGAUGGCACAGAGAUGGCAGAAGCCAAUGGCAAUGGAGAAGGAAAUGGAGUUUGUGCAAAGCAGGUAACUGAUGAAGCAUCUUCCACUCGAGAUUCAAGCCUUACUAACACGGCCGUGCAAAGUAAAUUAGUGUCUUCCUUUCAGCAACACACCAAAAAGGCUCUUAAACAGGCUUUGAGACAGCAGCAGAAACGAAGAAAUGGAGUCUCAAUGAUGGUCAACAAGACUGUUCCUCGUGUUGUUUUGACACCAUUAAAGGUGUCAGAUGAGCAGUCGGAUUCACCUUCAGGAUCCGAAUCUAAAAAUGGUGAAGCAGACAGCUCAGAUAAAGAAAUGAAACAUGGGCAAAAAUCUCCCACUGGAAAACAAACAAGUCAGCACUUAAAACGAUUAAAAAAGUCUGGUUUAGGACACUUGAAAUGGACCAAAGCUGAGGACAUUGACAUAGAAACCCCGGGAUCUAUUCUUGUCAACACUAAUUUAAGGGCAUUAAUAAAUAAGCAUACCUUUGCUUCUUUACCUCAGCAUUUUCAACAAUACCUCCUGCUUUUACUCCCAGAAGUAGAUAGACAGAUGGGAAGUGAUGGAAUUUUACGCCUCAGUACUUCAGCUCUAAAUAAUGAGUUUUUUGCAUAUGCAGCGCAAGGCUGGAAACAGCGGCUGGCAGAAGGAGAAUUUACUCCAGAAAUGCAAUUACGGAUAAGGCAAGAAAUUGAGAAGGAAAAGAAAACAGAACCUUGGAAAGAAAAAUUCUUUGAGAGGUUUUACGGAGAAAAGUUGGGCAUGUCAAAAGAGGAAUCAGUAAAGCUCGUUUCUGGAACAAGCAAUGAUGGAGCGGAAAGUAGUUCUUCAUGUGGGACCUCUGGCAUUUCAGGGCUCUCUGCAGAGAUGCCCUUGGAAGAAAAACAGCCAAAAUGCACAAAGAAUCUAACUUCUUCAGAGCCUGAUUUCUGUGCUACACUGUAUUCUACAGCUGAUGGAGGUAAAGAUAUAAUGGCAGAAUCAGAAUCAGAGGAUAUCUUGAUCCCUGAAGAAUCUGUGAUUCAAGAGGAAAUUGCAGAAGAAGUAGAGACUAGUAUCUGUGAAUGCCAGGAUGAAAAUCAUAGGACAGUAGCUGAAUUCUCUGAAGAAUCCGAAAGUCCAGCCAAUUCUCAUGAAGAGCCUGCAGUAGCACCUGCUGAAGAUAACUUGGAAUCCUGUGUUAUGAUGAAUGAUGUAUUAGAAACUCUGCCUCAUAUUGAAGUCAAGGUAGAAGAGAAAUCAGAAGCUCCCCAUGAGGAAAUGUCAGUUGUUAUUGAUCAACUUGAAAUCUGUGAGUCUCUCAUUCCUUCCACUUUAUCUGUAACUCACGUCAGUGACACAGAACAAAAGGAGCCAGAGAACACAAUAGAGACCAAUCCUCCAAAAGACAAAGCAGUAUCAUCUGUGGAAAAUCAUUUUCCAAAUGAAGCAAUUGCCAUUGAUAUGGAGCUCCAGAGUGAUCCUGACGAGCAGCUUUCUGAAAACGCUUGCAUCUCAGACACUUCAUUUUCUUCUCAGAGCCCAGAGGGAGUCUGUACCAGUCUGACUUCUCCAGGAGGGGAAAUGCAAUCCAUUCCAGAAGAAUCCUGUACUCCAGCCUCUCUUGAGACAACAUUUUGUUCUGAGGUGUCCAGCACGGAAAAAACGGAUAAAUAUAACCAGAGAAAUCCCACUGAUGAAAACCUCCAUGCAUCUUUGAUGUCAGAAGUAUCUCCAAUAUCUACUUCACCUGAAAUAUCAGAAGCUUCUCUGAUGUCCAAUUUACCCUUAACAUCCGAAGCUUCCCCAGUAUCCAAUGUACCUUUAACAUCAGAAACAUCACCCAUGUCUGAUUUACCACUAACCUCAGAAACUUCUUCGGUGUCUUCCAUGCUUCUCACUUCUGAAACCACUUUUGUAUCCACUUUGCCACUUCCUGCGGAAGCAUCUCCAAUUUCUAACUCUUCAAUGAAUGAAAGGAUGGUGCAUCAGCCCAGAAAGUCACCUUCCAUAUCUGAAGAACCACCUUCCCCUCAGAAAGAGGAAGCUUCUGUCUCUGUCAAGCCCCUAGGGGAAAGCAUUCUUUCUCAGCAGAAGAUUCUGCCAAAUGCUCCUGAAAUCAUCCAAAUGAGUUCUUCUUCCACUGCUCCUGAAGCAUUUCCAGCUGGAGACUUACACAGUAAGACUUCAAGCCAGCAAUCUUGUAAGUCACAGGUUGAAGCUGAGAAGCCCUAUCCAGCUUCCAUUUCAGAACUUCCAUCAGCAGAAAUGAUCAAAGUUAAAAGUCAUAAUGUUCUACAAAGAACAGACAAAAAGGGGGUUUCCUCACCAUUGGAAUUAUCUGUCUUUUCUGAGGAGAUAGAGAGUAAGGUCAGUGAACUUCCAUUAGCUAAAUUACAGGACAAGCCAUAUGUCUCACCCGUGGAUAAGUCUUCACUUUUAGAAGGCUCUCGAAAUAAAACGCAUAAGCAAGGGAGCUCACAGAAUCGAAUGGAGGCCUCGCAUAGUUCCAAAUUGUCAGAACCCUCCAAGUCACCCAAUGACAUACGAAGUGAAAGUCGAGAAUCGGAGAUAUCAAAGAGGAAAACUGCAGAGCAGCAUAGCUUUGGAAUCUGUAAGGAAAAGAGGGCAAGGAUAGAGGAUGACCCCUCCACCCGGAAUGUAUCCUCUAGCAGCCCACCUGAGAAAGAACUGCCUCCAAGAGAGGAACCCAGAGUUCCACCUCUCAAGAUCCAGUUGUCCAAAAUUGGACCACCAUUUAUUAUCAAGAGCCAGCCGACAUCUAAACCAGAGUCGCGAGCAUCUCCUAGCACUUCGGUCAGUGGAGGGAGGAACACAGGAGCGAGGACCCUCGCAGAUAUCAAGGCCCGAGCCCAGCAAGCAAGGGCGCAGCGAGAGGCGGCAGCAGCAGCAGCAGUAGCUGCUGCAGCCAGCAUUGUCUCCAGUGCCAUGGGGAGCCCAGGAGAGGGUGGAAAGGCAAGAACCCUGGCACACAUCAAAGAACAGACAAAGGCCAAGCUCUUUGCCAAGCAUCAAGCCAGAGCCCACCUCUUUCAGAACACUAAAGAGUCCAGAUUGCCUCCCCUCAGCUCCAAGGAAGGGCCGUUGGCCUUAGAGAUAGCUUCUCCUCCUGAAACAAAGAUCGAAGGCUCAACUGGUGUCAUUAUUGUCAAUCCAAACUGCAGAUCUCCUAGCAACAAGUCUGCGCACCUCCGGGAGACCACCACUGUAUUGCAGCAGCCUCUUAACCCGACGAAACUUCCAGAAACUGCCUCUGACUUACCUGUGCAUAGUUCCGACGAAAAUAUACCCGUGUCUCAUUUAGCUGAGAAAAUUGUUUCAUCUACCUCUUCUGAAAAUAGCAGUGUGCCCAUGCUUUUUAAUAAAAAUUCUGUCCCCGUGUCUGUUUGCAGCACUGCUAUGUCAGGAGCAAUUAAAGAGCAUCCCUUUGUGAGUUCUGUGGAUAAAUCCUCUGUUCUAAUGUCUGUUGACAGUGCAAACACUACAAUUUCUGCUUGUAAUCUAAGCAUGUUGAAAACCAUCCAGGGGACUGACACUCCAUGCAUAGCCAUGAUACCAAAAUGUAUUGAGAACUCAUCAGUUCCCACCACGACAGAGGGCUCCAGUGUGUCAAAUUCCAUUGACGAUAAGCAGUUACUGGUAACAAGCAGCAGUGCCAGUAACUUAGUGUCCAGCCAGUACGCGUCUGUGCCAAUGCCUUCCAUUGCAAAUACCUUGCCAAACCACCUCUCCACUAGCUCUGUCUUGAUCCCCCCAACAGGCAUCAACAGCCGAUUUCCUUCUGAAAAUGUUGCAGUGCCCAGGAGUGAGGAACAGGUCCCAGGCCCCGGGGGCUCCACUGUGAGAGCAGCACUCAGUGGCAGGGACUCGGUGGCCGUGACAGAUGCUCUGGUUGCACGCCCUCCUGUGGCAAUGUUUACUGGAAGCAUGCUAACAAUCAACUCUUAUGAUAGUUCUCCCAAGUUAAGUGCUGAAAACUUGGACAAAACUUCAGGGCCUCGAAAUAGGGCCGAUUCUGGCAAAGCCCAGCCCCCUCCGGGAGGCUUCGUACCAACUGCCAUAAACCGGUCCAUCCCAUGUAAAGUCAUCGUUGACCACAGCACCACGCUCACCUCCACCUUGUCCCUCACCGUCUCCAUUGAAAGCGCAGAAGCCAGCCUCGACCUCCAGAGCAGGUUGGUGAGAACAGAAACAUCAGUCCAACCCAUGACCUGUCCUCAGGUGUCUGUCAUUAGCAGGCCUGAGCCUGCGGCCAACGAAGCUGGAGAUCAUAGUUCUAACUUCCUAACAGCCUCUGCCGCGAAGCAAGAGUGUAAAACUCCACAGGCCCCCUGUGCAGGUCUCCGAGAAGGACCCCUGAUUGUUCCAGAUCAACUCAAUGAGGUGACCGUGCCUGGCAGUAGCUUUGCUGAGCAGGCCCGGGGCCCAGUCCCGUUCAAAAGUGAAGCAGACACAACCUGUAACAAUCAGUUUGCUCCGGGAAACCGGAUUUGUUGGGCUGAGGAUGGGCUGAGGAACCCAGAGCAGCCCCCCGGGAGUCACUCAGGUUCAAGUAAGCAGAAGGAUUACCUAGAGCAAAGCUGCCCAAAGACCAUCAAGACCGAACACACCAGUUACUCGCACAUGGCGGAACUUCACCCCAGAAAUCUCCUGGCAAAUGUCACUCUCCCUGUGAAAUCAGAACCUCAUGAAGUGGACAAGGGCUUUAGAAUGGACACUGAAAGCUUCCCUGGCCCUGAGCUGCCCCCUCCAGCCCCUGAAGCCACCCCAAGCAUGCAGCCCACACAGAGCAUGAAGGUGCCCACUUCUGGUCCCAUGGAAGAGGCAAUUUCCUUGGCUGCAGACAACCUGAAGAGGGUCCCCGGCGCUGGGAGCUCGAGCUGCCGCCUGUCGUCCGUAGAGGCGAACAAUCCACUGGUAACGCAGUUGCUGCAGGGCAACCUGCCUCUGGAAAAAGUGUUGCCGCAGCCCAGGUUGGGUGCCAAGCUCGAGAUUAACAGGCUGCCUCUGCCUCUUCAAACUACCUCAAUGGGGAAAGUAGCCCAAGACAGGAACAUUGUGGAAAUGCCAUCCAGCUCUCCAAAUCCAGACGGCAAGGGCUACUUGGCAGGGACUCUGGCACCACCUCCAAUGAGAAAGCGAGAAAACCACCCCAAAAAGAGGGUAGCCAGGACUGUGGGGGAACACACUCAAGUUAAAUGUGAACCAGGGAAACACUUGGUGGACCCAGAUGCUAAGGGGGUGCCUUGUGUCAUCAACUCGGGCCUGAAUCAGCUCGGGCACAGCCAGCCGUUUAAGCAAGAGUGGCUGAGCAAGCACGCCAUGCAGAACAGAAUUGUCCACAGCCCUGAGGUCAAACAGCAAAAGCGACUGCUCCCCUCCUGUAGCUUCCAGCAGAACCUUUAUCACAUUGACAAGAAUGGUGGCUUCCACCCCGACGCUGGCACCUCACACAGACAGCAAUUUUACCAAAUGCCCAUGGCUGCCAGGGGACCCAUUCCUUCUGCAGCUCUGUUGCAGGCCUCUGCCAAGACCCCAGUGGGUUGUAAUGCAUUUGCCUUCAAUAGGCAUCUUGAACAAAAGGCAUUGGGAGAGGCUGGCCUUUCUUCAGCACCUCACCAGCUAAGGCUCACUAACAUGUUGUCCCCCAAUAUGCCCAUUAAAGAUGGUGAUGACGUGGGAGGGGCUGCACACACUAUGCCUAGCAAAACACUAGUGCAUCCCCCACCCCCGCCCCCACCACCCCCUCCACCCCUGGCUCUGCCCCCACCACCCCCACCACCACCUCCACUACCUCCACCUCUUCCUACUGCAGAAGUCCCAUCCGAUCAGAAACAAGCGCCAGUUGCCAUGGAAACCACUAAGCGACGUAGUUGGCCACAGUCCACGGGCAUAUGUAGCAAUAUAAAAUCGGAACCUCUUUCUUUUGAGGAAGGUUUAAGCAGCAGCUGUGAACUGGGCAUGAAACAAGUUUCCUAUGACCAGAAUGAAAUGAAAGAACAGUUAAAAGCAUUUGCGCUAAAAAAUGCAGAUUUCUCUUCCUAUUUGCUUUCUGAGCCACAAAAGCCUUUUACCCAAUUAGCUGCUCAGAAAAUGCAGGUGCAGCAACAACAGCAGCUUUGUGGAAAUUAUCCAACAAUACACUUUGGUAGCACGAGCUUCAAAAGGGCAGCAUCUGCAAUUGAAAAGUCCAUUGGGAUUUUGGGAAGUGGCUCCAGCCCUGCCACGGGCCUGCCUGGUCAGAAUGCUCAGAUGCCCGUUCAAAACUUCGCCGACAGCAGCAACGCAGAUGAAUUGGAACUGAAAUGCUCUUGCCGCCUGAAAGCCAUGAUUGUGUGCAAAGGCUGCGGGGCCUUCUGCCAUGAUGACUGCAUAGGUCCUUCAAAACUGUGUGUAGCUUGUCUGGUUGUGCGAUAAGAGCAGAAUGCGAGAUGCAGUAUCCCUUUUCUACAGGACAAGGCCAAGUGGUGUCAACUACAACAAUUUUUUUAAUAACUCAGUAGUUUAUAGCAUGCUAAUUUAUUUUACUUUGGAGCAGAUUAUCUUUUGGGGUAUUAUUUUUUCUUGCAUUUCUCAGAAAGGGAAGCUUGCACCCCAACAGAGUGGCUUAGCAGCAUGUCUUACAUAUUAAGUUGCCAUCGCCAGUUUUGGAACAUGUGUCCUGUCUAUACACAUCAACUACGCCCAUUCAUGAUUUGUUCACCAGGUGUAGAUAGGAAAAGAACUUUUUCACCUAGGAGUGGCCAGAAAAGCAAGUGUAGAAAGAAUGGUAAAAGUGAUGCAAGAUGCACGCCAUGCAUUGUUUCGUAGAUUGGCCAUUACAUGGAAGAUUUCCAUAGUUCACUUUUCUGGGCCUGACUCACCAUGGUGAUUAAACCAUGUUUGCAAAGGAGAAUCUGAUUUACAUGUAUGAUUGCUUGUAUUUCCUCAUCACAAAGUUACAGUAAAAGAAGGCAUGCCGUUAACGAACCUCACAGUCCCACAUAUUCUUCCCUCAUUCUACUCUGUUCAGAGACUGGCAGAAUAUCUUGAUCUGUCUUGGACACUGUACACACAUUGUAGUAGAAUUGCAGUGUCGGCUUCAUGCCCAGUAUGUGCUUUGAGCCCUUUCACACCUGAUAUAGUCAGAUGAGUUGCCAGCAGAGCCACAGGUCCAGAUUUUGGAGCUUCGAGUGUAGCUUUUAAGAGCACUGGAAGCAUUUUUGAUUUUCACAUGAUAGUUUUGAAAAAGCCCUAUAAAAGUAAAAGCAAAGCAAAGAAAAUGUUGUGUAUGCCAACACAUACAUUGAAUAUGUAAAUAUUAGUCCAGUCUAUUCAUCCUAGUACAAUGACUAGAUACAAAAAAUUGGUGUGGUGGGAAUGAAUGAUUGUCCUUUAUUGAUGAUACCAGUUCAUUAUGGCUCCCAACUUUGCAGAAGUAGGCAGCCUCUUUCAUAAAAUGUCACUGAUGAUAAAGGGGACUACAGAAAGCAGAAUCAUUGACAUUUUUCUAAAGUUUUUUUCUCAUGAUUCACUACCUAUAAGAUUAUAAUUCACUCUGAAGUCCUUCCUGAAAAAAUUGUCUGAGACAUUGCAUGCUCCCCUUCACCCCACCCCCACCCCCAGGUGAAUUCAGUACAUUUUUUUAUCUUUGGGGGAAAGGAGCAGCUUUUCAAAAAGGGAUACUGCAUCUUACCAAUGUUGCAGCAUUUAUUCAGCGAAAUGUAAGUGCUGAGCAUUUUAUAUACCUUGGCUAUCCUCAUGCCACAGAAAAGCUAUAUAGUUCAGAAGGCUCAGUUCCCUAAGGCAAGUUCAAAAGCACAUGCAUAUAGUGGGAAGUUAUAAUACAACAAACAGCAUGCCCGUUCAACUUCAGAUCACAGAGCACAAGAUGUGGAGUGCCAUUCAUCUACUGAUUGUGGCUAUAGAGUUUUCUAAUGGAGCAAAAUUCAUUAGUAGCUAGGGUAAGAAUGAGAGAUAUUUUCACAUGGGAUCAUCUUAGCCAGUGUACACUUUUGACAUUCCCGUAAAGUAAAAUAUGUCUUAAAAGUUAACUGGAAUGAGCAGAAAUUGCAUUUCUGGAAAACAAAACGUGGUGGUUUUAAUAGCAGUCAGCCAUUGGUACAUGGGUUUUUUUUUUCUCCAUAUAUAUAUAUAUAUUGUUGUGAUGUUGCCAAAUUUCUUUCAGUGAUAAGAGACUUCAGUUUUCUUAACUAACUGCAGCUAGUGAAAGAAAAGUAGGGCCAGUUUCUGUGGCCUUGAUUUGGUGCUUCAGUGCUGUCACUUCUGUUUUUGACACUAAAAUUAAUGACUGAGAAAAUUAGCAAUGCACUUCCCCAGCCCUUCCCCAGGAAUGCAGCGGAAGCCCCAGUGGAUCCUUAACUGACUCUGCACCAGGUCGUGUUUGAUGUCUUCGUCUUUGGUCUUUGGUGUCUCUCUGGUCUGCUUGGCUCUGAUUUCAUCUUGGUUCGGGAGAUCAUACUCUAGUCUCACAGAGAGGCACCUCUAAAAGAUAUUUGCAUGCCAACUCUUUCUUCAAAAUUCAGUUACCACUCUACCAAUGUCAGAUACUGUCUACACCAGCAGAUUCAAAACUACCGCAUCAGUAACUGACAUGGUGUUAAAAAAAACUCGAGUCUAAAGAAACUUUAUACUCUGUAUAUGAGGUAGAGUGGAGGCUGAUGUGCUAUUGAGCCCAUUAACACUUUCAUCAUGAUGGAACCUGCAAGUUGCCUACUGGGAAUAAAGAAGUGUCCUUCUGUAUGUUUUGAUUUUUCACAUGAUAGUUUUGAAGAAUCAAGUCUUUGAUUAGAUAACGGAUUCCAUAACCAAGUCCAAAGAGCAUUAAUUUUUCUGUGCUGUUGCUCUGGGGUUUUUUUGCCCCACUUAAAAUUUCUUGUGUCUAUAUGGUUAAUAUUACUGAAAAAUUAAUAUCUUUGGGCAGUUUGAAAAAUUAAUAUUUAAAACAUGAAAAAAAUUCAUAAGUGUGAGCCAGCUAUUUUACAGGUCUUCAUUUAAUAUUUAUCCAAAACCCAGUAUAUUUGGAUUAUGCGAGUAGGUUCUUAGUUUUCUGAUUCUCACAUUUGCAAAAGAAUUUAUAUGUUAAUUGUAUAGUGUGCAAAGUUUAGUGUUGCAUUAUCCUGAUAUUUGGAUACUUUCAGAUCCCUAUCUGGAAUAUGCACAUAUAAUUUUUUUUAAUCACAAAGGAUGUAUUUCCCUAAGUAGCACUUUCGAAACAGGGGAAGGAAGGAAACUGCUCUCCCAGCUCUCCCCACCCUCCUCCUCUGAGAUCCACAUAUGCCUGAGGUGUAUAAAGACAUUUAGGUAGUCAAUGGGCAUGUUAAUAGGAAUGUUCUGAUGCAAAUUCCCUUUUAAAAUGAAAAUAUUUUUUCUUCCCCAAAGUGAGGAUAGCAGAAAUGUUGGUGAACUGAACACCAGGUCAUUUUUUUCCCCUGCUAAGAUCUAGUCCGAAGAAGAAGAAAAAAGAAACGAAAGCAAACCUUUGAGGCGGAGCCUGAUGACUAUAAAGACUUUGUGGUGGUAUGAAUUGGGGGGCAUGAUCUAUAAGGUUUAGUUGACUUUCAGACCUUGAAUACUCCUGCUCAUUCAAGAUAGACACAACAAGCAAGCUGGUGCAUACAGUGCCUCAAAAAGCAGUCAAGAGUAAGAAUUCAUGAUGCUGCAACCCCACUGCAUUUAUAAACACUCGCACAAUUUCAAAUGAAGUUCCUGUGGCCUCGGUUUCCCAGCUCCUGCUCGAUCUGGUGAAGUGCCAGGUGGCAGAAGAUGAAGCCAAGCUUAGGGUUGCCUCUGAUGCGGAGGCCAGCAUCACACUAGCUGCCCGGCGGGGAUGAUGACCCCGCUGAACAUGUAGAGAGCCCAGAGUCACUGUCCAUCUGUUUCCAGAGAACAAUGUGAAGAGUCCUAGAAAAGGAACUCAUCAGACUGUCAGGGGCCUAUGUAGCCAAAAUGUCACUGAAUAUAAAAAUCUUGUUGUCUUCAGUCGUCAUGCUUUGUCAAUGUCAAGCAAACAAAAAGCAUUUUUACUAUAAUUUAAAGGAGCUGCUUUUUUUUUUACAGCACAUACUAUUUCGCUUUGUACUAUAUUUGAUAGUUGCCGAAUAAUUUAGACUGUAGAAAAACUGUUGUAUUUGACUGUUAUGAAUGUUUCAAAGAAAGUGCUUUACUUGGUUGCCAUAAUUUUCUUGUACUGCUGUAUUUCUCCCCCUGCUUCAUGGAAACCUAAUCCGAUUCAUAUUUUCAGUACUUUCUUUAAAAAAAGAAAAUGUAUGUGUACUUUUUUUUUUGGUCAGUAUUCUGAAUGUUUACAUCUGUUUGACAUUAGCCAUUUAAUGCCUUUUUUAAAAGGCAGUAUUACUCCUAUAGUGUAACAGCAAAAUGUGAAAUCAACCCAACAUAACAUGCAUGAUAAACACAGAUUGGGGGCGAAGGCCCUGGACAUACAUAGACAUUUUAUAUCAGCAUACAGAAAAGUAAAACCCUCCUUCAGUCCUCUACCAAAGAAUAUAUUAUUCCCACAGGAAAAACUCUGAAAAGGUGUGUAAAAUUCUCAGAAGGGGGAGCAGUUGAUUCAGUAAGACUGCUACAAUUUAAUACUGUUAUGCUUGCUUUGAUACCUGACUAAAUGUGACUGAGUGCAACAAGCAUUUAAAAAUUUUUUAGACAGUGUUUUGUUUAGAAUUCAGGGAUCAUGCAUUCUUUAAUGGUGCUGUUUGUUUUUUAUUUCUUCUUUUCUACAAAGAAAAAAGUGUUGCCUACAAAAGUGGUUGCUCACAGUACCAUAGUUAAAUGAAAUGUUUGUCUCUUCAUGUUUCUGUUUUGCCCUUUCUUAAAGUUAACAACUUGGGUUUCAAUAUUAAAAUAUUCUGGAGAAAAAUAAAGAAAUCAAGCAUUAAGUAAUUGUCAUUUUAAGUUUUUUAUGAAAUAUGUGUAUAUAACCUGUACAAUAAAUACAUUGAAAAUUUUGAUUAAAAUUUAUAUAGGGAAAUCUUUCGCCAUGUAGUGUUCAGUUAUCUAUUUCUUAGUGUCUUUUCAACAAAAUCAAAACCACGGUUAAAAACCAAACUGAAACCUCUAAAAUUAUAUCUUCUAAGCUUACCAUUUAAAAUAGAUUUGGACCGUCUUGUAUUCGCAAAUGUUUUGUUAAUUCUUUAUGGCAAAACAUCCAGGUAUAAAGACUAUUAGUUCCAUUUUUAAUUUGAACUUUCAAGAUGAAUUAACUUUCCAAUUCUGUUUUUAAAGAAUUGCUCCAGUUAAUUUUUAUCUUGCAUAAAGUAUUACACACUGUAUUUGAAUAAAAUCCUCUGAAGCAUUGGAACAAAAUUGCCUCAGUUAUGUUUACAUUGGUUUAAAAAUAAGCUUAUCUUUACAGUAAGAUGAAUCGGAAAGCAUUAAACAUAAUUGGCUGUUAAAUCUGGCUUCAGUUGUGCUUUGGUCUACUUGGAAAGUGCUAUCUUUAGCCACCAGAUGGCGUAAGAGAAUAUUUACUCUGGAAGAAACAAAUCAAAACGCGCUGCUUCCACCAAAAAACCAAAUUAAUUAUAAUGAUAGAAGUUCAGUUUACCCAAGUAGGUGAGUAGAAAGUGAAUAUUUUAUGUUUUAUUAAAUUAUGUUCACUGCAAUAGUGAUAUCUUCAUUUUCCAUUAAAAUACAAAAUGGUCAUAGAGUUGCAGGUUUUUUGUUUUAAUUGCAGUAAUCAAUAGGCAUAAUAUAGGCCAAAAUUUAGUUCAGAAAACUGAAUGGUCAGAAAAAUGAAUUCCUUAAGGUGGUGUUUAUAGAAAGUUAGCUGAAUGUUUGACAUGUUUUACUUCAUUCUCAGAUGGUUACAACUGUAAAAUUUUACAUAAAUAUUCCAUUAUUAAUACAUUAG